AUGUCGCAGCUCGCGACACUUCUGCUGUGUGUUUAUACACUAUUCUUCAGCGUCGCAUAUACAUGGGAACAUCUCUCAGAGUCUGAUCUUGAAUCUAUGCUCAAGAAUAACGAAGCAGCAGCUGUAGUCGCUUUUAUAAAUCCUUCGGAUAAGAAGACGGAAUGGUCGCUAGCGCUUCCCGAGGCGAAAGUGUCAUUUCGUGGAUGGUCAAUGGUCUACGUCUUUGCUGCUACGGAGGCAGAGCGUGCUGGGAUACGAAAAGAUUUAAACAAGAUAGCUCGCGGUAACUAUAAGAGCCUUCCCAUGGUCACCGUCGAUCCCCUCGAGUUCCCCGAUCUACCCGCAAAGCUCGGUCUUGAUCCAGAUGUGCUCCCGGCCGGUGCGGUCCAUCAGCUUUCGAAGGAUAGGAUCUACCCUUACCCCAAGGGCAAGGGGUGGACCUCGAGUGAGGUCCAAGGCUGGGGUCUAGAUGUCUGUCAAGGACGGAUCAGGCCCUGGACACCGCCCGGCGUGAAAACUACAUACGAUGACCUGGGAGGCCGCAUCGAUGCUACCCAAAAGGUAUCAAUGAGGAAGAUACCAGGUGUCAAAAUUAAGUUGGCGGGUCGCGAUGAGCUCUGA